AUGGAAUUACAUUGGGUUUGGAUGAGUGUUGCCACUUUGUUGGCUUCUUACGUUUUGCUAAACAAAUUCGUGAGGAGGUUGAAUGGAUGGUAUUAUGAUCUGAAAUUAGGAAACAAACAAUCCCUAUUGCCUCCUGGUGAUAUGGGUUGGCCUCUUAUUGGCAAUAUGAUACCCUUCAUCAAAGUCUUAUCCUCUGGCCAACUCGAUUCAUUCAUCAACAAUUUUGUCUCCAAAUAUGGACGAAGUGGUAUCUACAAGACACAUUUGUUUGGAAAACCAAGCAUGAUUGUUUGUGCUCCUGAGAUGUGUAGACAAGUGCUGAAUGAUGAUGAGAACUUUAAAUUGGCGUAUCCAAAAUCUGUUUCUGAAUUACUUGGUAGUAAUACCUCGACUGGAGUCUUUAAUGUUGAACACAAGCGCUUACGACGAGUAGUUUCUGUUCCGAUUAUGGGUCAAAAUAUGUUAGCGAUGUACUUGGCACGUAUUGAGGAGAUAGUAAUUGAUUCACUAGAAGAAUUAUCCAGCAUAAAGCACCCUGUUGAGAUUUUCAAGGAGUUGGAGAAGAUUACCUUUAAAGUCAUCACCUACGUCUUCUUUGGAUCUCACAAUCAACCCAUCGUCGCAAAAGUAAAAGAUUUAUUUAGGGAAUUUUCGGAUUGUAAUCCCUUAUUUAGUGUGCCCAUUAACUUGCCUGGUUUUACAUAUCAUAAAGCACUUCAGGUACGCAAGAAGCUGUUAAAAGUGGUUAUAUCUGGUGUGGGUGAAAGGAGGUUGAUGAGAAAAAAGGGUCAACUCAAUGAUGAAAAGGAUUUUAUUGAUAUUCUUUUGGAAGAUAAAAGAGAGAAUGGAGAGGAAUUAGAAGAUGAGCAGAUUGCAGAUAUAGUCAUAGGGCUUCUAUUUGUUGGUCAUGAAAGCACAGCAACUGGUUUGAUGUGGUCACUUAUGUAUCUUACACUACAUCCCGAUGUGUUCAGAAAAGCCAAGCAAGAGCAAGAAGAAAUAGUGAAGGCAAGACCGCCAUCGCAGAAACAUCUAAGUCAUAGCGAAGUUAAGCAAAUGGUUUAUCUUUCACAAGUAAUUAAUGAAGUGUUACGUCUUACUAAUAUUUCCUUUGCAAUUUUUCGAGAGGCAACUGCUGAUGUCAAUGUCAAAGGUUAUAUCAUACAGAAGGGAUGGAAAGUUCUAGUUUGGUUAAGAGCUAUUCAUAUGAAUCCUGAAUAUUACCCAAAUCCAAAAGAGUUUAAUCCAUCAAGAUGGGAUAAUUACAAUGCUACAGCAGGAACCUUCCUUCCCUUUGGAGGUGGAAGCAGGCUUUGUCCAGGAAAAGACAUAUCCAAUCUCGAAACUACUAUAUUUUUACACUAUUUUCUCCUUAAUUACAGGUUGGAGAUAAUGAAUUCAAAAUCUCAUGUUCCUAACUUCUCAUUCUCUUAUCCCAAAGAUUUGGCUAAAGUUAUCAAAGUCUCUUCUUAAUUAGUUAAGCAAAAUGAAUAUUGGAGACGGCUUAUUAAUAAUUUUUAUGGUUCUAUUUGU